AUGUCAAUCCUCGUCCUCGGAGCAGGCGAACUCGGCACAGCCAUCCUCAACGCCCUCACAUCCCAUCCCUCCCGUCCACUCACCUCCAAAAUCUCCGUGCUGCUCCGCCCUUCCACAAUAUCAUCAACUGGCCCGUCCAAAGCCAAAUCAAUCGCACGCAUCAAAUCCCUCGGCAUCUUCCUCGAGCCCGGCGACGUCGUAUACGACUCACUCACAUCCCUGGCCUCCAUCUUUGCGAAAUAUGACACCGUCAUAAGCUGCACAGGCUUCGUCGGCCCGGCCGGAACACAGCUACGCAUCUGCGAGGCGGCUCUCCUGGCCAAGGUUCCGCGGUACUUUCCAUGGCAAUUUGGCGUCGAUUAUGACAUCAUUGGACGAGGCAGCACGCAGACGUUGUUUGACGAGCAGCUUGAGGUGAGAAACAUGCUGCGGACUCGGUGCAGCACUGAGUGGAUCAUCGUUAGUACUGGCCUCUUCAUGAGCUUCCUAUUUGUGAAGGACUUUGGCGUUGUCGAUUUCGAGGAAAAGAAGUUGAGGGCUCUUGGGAGCUGGGAUGUUGAGAUUACGCUCACACAGCCGGAUGAUAUCGCGAGGAUGACGGCUGAGUUGGUGUUUGAGCCCCGUGGGGUUCCUAGCAAUGGCCGGAAUGUUGUGUAUGUUGCUGGGGACACUGUCUCAUACGGGACUGUGGCGGGCUUGGUUGAGGAACGGUUCCCGGGGGUUGAGUUCGGCAGGGAAGUGUGGAAUAUGGAGGCGAUCAGGAAUAGUCUUGUGCAAGAUCCCGGGAACAACUGGAAUAAGUACCGCGGAAUCUUUGGUGCGGGCAAGGGGAUCUCUUGGCCGUUGGAGAAGACGUUGAAUCAUGAGCGAGGUAUCAAACUGGAGGAUUUACAAACUUUUCUUGGAAGGAUGGAGACGCCAGCCUCACUCAAGUAG